GAUAAAGUUUGAUUAUUCAUCAAAAUCGGAUCAGGAUCAUAACAUUCGAAAUAUUUUGGAUGAAAUAGUGUCGCAAACUUCUGGUAAAAAGUGUAUUUCAUCUGUCUACAUAUUUCUGUUCGAUUGAGGAAACGCUUACGGUCACGCCAAUAUGGCCAUUUUCGAGUGGCGAAAGUUCAACUUUUUUGACCUGCGGAAGGGCAUUGACAGCGACCAGGUGGCCCAGGCCUUGCAGGGAGCGCAAAUCAAAGCCACUACCAGUGGGAACAACCUGGUGGUAAUAUGCGACUCUGAGGGCAUGAUCCAUGCCUUCAACCGGUCGUGGGAACCGGUCAGUUUUCGUGGCCACGACGGACCGAUACUGCUGUGCGACAUCUCCAAGCAGAACAAUAUGCUGGUCACGGUCGGAUGUGAUGGGCCCUCGUUUAAGGUUUGGAACCUGGGCAAACUGAACCCGGUCACGGGAGCACCGUGUUUGCGUACGGUACGAACGAUGGAGGCAAUGCCUACGGCCUUGGCUGUGUCCGAGGGAGGGCAGUUUAUGGCGAUUGGGUUUGCGAAGGGUGGAAUAUCGUUGUACCGUGGGGACAUCAGUCGGGAUCGGUCGAAGACGCUGAAGCAGCUGACGGCGGGCAGCACGGACAUUACCGGGAUUGCGUUCAAGCAUUUCAAUAAGCUCACGCAAAUGUUUGUCUGCUCCGAUUCCGGCGUUUACCUGUACAAUCUGCAAAGCCGGGACAAAGAGAUGAGAAUCAUCCUGGACACGAUCAGUAAACCGGUUGGGUGCUGUGCACUUCAGACGGGUCACAACGAAGGGCACUUCAUGGUUGGGCGGGAGGACGCCGUCUAUUGCUACACUUCGGAUGGACGGGGUCCCUGUUAUGCUCUGGAAGGCAAAAAGACACUUCUCCAGUGGUUCCGAUCGCAUCUGUUGAUUGUGUCGAGGAAUAGUCGAUCCGGAGGAAUGAAUGUCGGUGGAUUUGUGCUGACUGUGAUAGAUAUUCAGAACAAGUUCAUCGUGUUCACGUGUCCCAUUGAAGAGGUGGCAGCGAUCAUAACGGAGUUUGGAUCGUGCUAUAUAUUGACCGAGAAUAAAGCUAUAUUCCAUUUGGACGAGAAAGAUCUUCAGAGCAAACUGAAUCUGCUGUUCAAGAAGAAUCUCUACGACAUUGCAGUUCGGAUAGCCAAGAGCAAUCAGUACGAUGCGGAUGGAUUGGCUGGGAUUUUUAAGCAGUACGGAGAUCAUUUGUACAGUAAAGGGGAUUUCUCUGGAUCGGUUGAUCAGUACAUCAAAACUAUUGGUUUCCUGGAGCCCUCGUAUGUGAUCAGGAGAUUCCUGGAUGCACGGCAUAUCCACUAUCUAACCGAUUAUCUGCAAGCCAUUCACAAGUCCGGCAGAGCAACAGCCGACCACACAACCCUACUACUGAACUGCUUCACCAGACUAGAUCGCACCGAGCAGCUGAAACAGUUUCUAGAGAACGAGAACAAGCUGAACCUUUUCGACGUCGAUGUGGCAAUUAAAGUGUGUCGAAAUGCAUCGGUGGAACAGGCCAUGUCCUUGGCUAAGGCCCACAAGAAACACGAUCUGUGUCUUAGCAUUCUUACCGAAGAUCUCGGACGGUACGAAGAAGCCCUCGAAUAUAUCAUGCAGCUAGAGUUCCACGAGGCGGAAAAGAAUGUCAAGAAAUAUGGCGUUCUGCUGAUGGAGCAUUGCCCAGAGAAAACGAUUCAUCUGCUUAAGAAGCUUUGUACGGAUUAUGUCCGCGAAGAUCUGGGGUCCAACGCCUUACAGGAUCAUUUCGGCGAUGAUAUUCUCUAUAGACUUGAUAACGAAAACAGUAAUUGCACGCGAGGCAAUCCGGAGGAUUUUAUACAUCUGUUUUCGGACGAUGAACUGCUGAUCGACUUUCUGGAGCAUCUAAUAAGAAACAUUCCGUCCUGUAGCAAGUUCGUGUAUAACACCCUUAUAGAACACUAUUUGUACCGUUGGCGGGAAUCCUCCACCGUGGAAAUCAAACUAUUAAAUCUGUUGAAAAAUGACCCUGAACGAUACGAUAAAAACCACGUGCUGAUACAGUGCCGAGUUUACCAGUUUUGGCCCGGCGUGAUGCAUUUGUACGAGGAGGACAAGCUGCACCAUUUGAUAAUUCGGCACUAUCUGAAGAACAGUGACUACGAGAACUUGUUGGUGAGCUGUCGUAAGCUAGGGCAAAACGAUGCUUCGCUGUGGUUGUUGGCGUUGAAUGGGUUGAAGAAUGACCAGGGGGCUCCGCCCAAGUUGCUGUCGCAGGUUCUGCAAGUGAUCGCUCAGGAAAAGCUUCAAGCCCCUCUGCAGAUUCUCAACUGCUUGGCCGUGGAAAAUGGACCGACUCUGCUGCCAGUCCGCGACUAUUUCAUGCAGGUGUUCCAAAAAGAACAGGAAUCCACCCAUCACGACCUGGAAUUGACGGCCAAGUACAGCGAUGAGUCUACGGCCAUCAAAAAACAUAUCAAACACCUCCAGGAAGGCAACGUGGAAUUCCGCAACACGGUUUGCGAUACCUGCAAGCAACCGCUGUCCUGGCCGGCUCUGUUUUUCCUUUGCAAGCAUUCCUACCACCAAGAUUGCAUUCGCGGGUACUCGGAAACCGAACGGGACUGCCCGGUGUGCAACAAGAAGAACAUGCAACUGAUGGACACGCUUCGAGCGCAGAGUGAAUCACGUGGCCAGCAUGAGGCAUUCCACAAUUUGCUGGAUCGUUCGUCGGAACCUUUCUCCGUGGUUGCCGAGUACUUUGGGCGCGGAUUGUUCAACAAGCUACUUAUCGUCGAAGAGGAAACUGACACGCAGCAUGCGGAACCAUCCAUGCCCACUUCAACCGAAUCGAGCAUGCGUCAACUGACGAAGCAAACGGAACAAAUUCGCAUAGGUACUAACGUACUACCCGCGAAACCUCAGCCGAGCUAUGGUCCCGGAGCUGAGGCCCGCAUCAGACAAGAAGAAGGCCAACGAUCCCAAGCGCGCCUCGAUGCCCAGGAAAGUGAAAUGCGUCUACGCCUGAUGGAACAAGAACAGAUUCGACAACGACAGCAGGCAUCGCUUCUAGCCCAACAGCAACUUCGCCUGAGGGACGAUCGUAGCCCACGUCGAUCACCCUAUGGCAGUCCAAAACCUCCAUCGACCUUAUCGAACUACACUCAACAGCCGGUGAAACAACCUUCGCCGGUUCCACCGCCAACUGCUGCCAAUGCAAUGGCGGCGACGGCCAGCAAUCCUUUCGACGAGGAUGACGACAUGACGGGCUACGACAGCGCCAAAAACCCAUUCGCUGCGGAUGAGCCUACACCAAAGAAACAGGCGGCGUCAUCCAAGGCGGACCCUGGCAACCCAUUCGAGGACUACGACAGCAAUUUGGACCCGUUUGCGGAAUUGUUCCGGCUGGAAGACGUUGUACCUUAAGGACGGAAAAUUUUGAGAACAUAGUCUACUCGCCAAAUCGUGCUCGUGUCGUGGAUUUGAGGUAAGUACCGAUUUGUGAAAACUUUCACUUUAUGUUCUAAAUUUCAGCAAUGUAAAAAUAUUUCUGAAAACUCUUA